CAGGCGCGCCCUCGUGGAGAGGAGGCGCGGGCGAGCCGGGCGGCUGGUCGGCAGUCAGCAAGACGAACUCCUCAACAAGCACAGGCAGCGGAGCGACGCCCGGGGCCUGGAAGAAGAGUGGCAGAGGGUCCUGCGCGGUGCUCUCCGGCCCGCGAGCCAGGCUGGCCAGCGAGGCGCGGUCCCUGCUGAGCAAGAACCCGGCCGGCAUGUGCGGUGGCCUGCUGAACCAGAGGAUCCGGCAGGCGGAGCAGAACUCGCUCGAGGUCGCUUACGGCCUGACGAAGGAGCAGCAGAAGGGGUGGCUGCAGGACCUCAUGAUGGCCAUGCCCGACGUGAAGUGCCGCAAGGAGG